UGCCUUGUGCACGCGCAUCUUCGGAGGGGUGCCCGAUUCGUUUCCUUCCUGCAGCUGGCAGCUGCUGUGUUUGCAAGCCUGUCUUGCUGUGUGCCUUCAAGGACAAAAAAGAUAACGAAAUCGUUACGGUUGAGGGCUGACAGAGGAACACGUGUGUGCCCGAAAUGGUGAAGAGGCAGUGUAUUUGGGAGGUGUCUGGUCUACGUUAUUCACUGUAAUGGAUGAGGCUGUGGUGUCUUUUGGGACACUGGAUGCUGUCUUUGCUCCUAAUCUAUUGGAGCAAAGCAGUAGAUGGAAACAUCCUAGUGAAGACUCGGAACGUAGUGGUAGCCCAUCAGUACUGAGAUCAGCUGCUUCAAAAUGGAAGGAGGGUCUCUUAAACCGUAAAAGACCAUUUGUUGGAAGAUGCUGUCAUCUGUGUACACCACAGAGUCAGGAGAGACUCUUCAAUUCAAGCAUACCUUCACUGGGUCUAAGAAAUGUUAUUUACAUCAAUGAAACUCAUACAAGGCACAGAGGAUGGCUUGCCCGAAGACUGUGCUAUGUGCUGUUUGUUUUGGAGCGAGAUGUACAGAAGGAUAUGUUUGCCAGAAAUGUUGUGGAGAAUGUUCUAAACAACAGCAGGGUCCAGCAAGCUACCCUUCAGGUGGCUACAGACCAAACAGCAGGACCAGGAGAUGUUAAAACAACCUCGAGAGCUGUCAACAAAGUAAAAAGAAAAGCAAGAGGAAUCCUUCAAGAAAUGGUAGCAAACAUCUCUCCAACUUUUAUUAGGAUAACUGGAUGGGUGUUGCUCAAGUUGUUCAAUGGUUUCUUUUGGUGCAUUCAGAUUCACAAAGGACAGCUGGAGAUGGUUAAGAAGGCAGCAGAAGAGCACAAUGUUUCUUUGGUGUUUUUGCCGGUCCAUAAGUCUCAUAUUGACUACCUGCUGAUUACGUUUAUCCUUUUCUGCCAUAAUAUCAAAGCUCCACAUAUUGCUGCAGGGAAUAAUCUCAAUAUUCCAAUUUUCAGUACCCUAAUUCGAAAACUUGGAGGCUUCUUCAUACGCCGUAAACUGGAUGAAUGUUCUGAUGGGAAAAAAGACAUCUUAUACAGAACACUUCUUCAUGUAUACACAGAAGAGUUACUAAGGCAGCAGCAGUUUCUUGAAAUUUACCUGGAAGGUACACGUUCUCGAAGUGGAAAGCCUUCUCCAGCUAGGGCGGGUUUGCUUUCAAUGAUUGUGGAAACGAUCUGGAAUAAUUCAUCUACUGAUGUACUUAUUGUGCCUGUGGGAAUCUCUUAUGACCGGAUAAUUGAAGGAAACUACAACAGCGAGCAACUGGGCAAGCCUAAAAAGAAGGAGUCUCUUUGGGGUGUGGCACGUGGAGUUUUUAGAAUGCUGAGGAAAAACUAUGGCUGUGUUCGUGUGGAUUUUGCUCAGCCAUUUUCUUUGAAGGAGUAUCUUCAUAAUCAAAGACAGCGACAGCUCCCUGCACCUCUUACUCUUGAAGACAUCUUGGUUCCAACCAUUAUUUCCAUGCGGCCAAACCAGCUUUUGUUUGAAGCUGAAGAAGCAGAGCACAUUGUGUCCAGAGAACUAACAGAUGAGCCCUGGCGUCGACAAGUGAUAGCUAAUUUAGCCAAGCAUGUUUUGUUUACCGCUGUUAAAUCUUCAGCUGUGAUGUCCACUCAUAUUGUUGCCUGUUUACUACUAUACAGGCACAGGCAGGGUGUCUACUUGUCUAAAUUAGUUGAAGAUUUUUUCUCAAUGAAAGAAGAGGUUCUUGCCCGAGAUUAUGACUUAGGUUUUUCUGGCACAUCAGAGGAUGUUGUCAUGCAUGCAUUGCACCUUCUUGGAAACUGUGUGAAUGUUACAAGUGCUAGUCGCAAUACUGAGUUCUUUGUAUCACCCAGCACAACCAUCCCUGCCUUAUUCGAACUUAACUUCUAUAGCAAUGGGUUGUUUCAUGUAUUCAUUACUGAAGCCAUCGUUGCAUGCUGCAUUUUGUCUAUGAUGAAGGACAACAAAGCAGAGAAGCAAAACAACACACUAAGCCAAGAAAAAUUAAUCCGAAAGGCUGCAGAUUUAUCGCACUUCUUGUCAAACGAAGUAGCAGUUGCCUUGCCUUGUCAGAUGAUUUACCAGGUUUUUCUUGAAGCUGUGGACAGACUAAUCCAGUUUGGUGUUCUUCUAGUUGCUGAGGAAGACCAAGAGGAUUUUAGCCCUAGCCCAACUGAAGAAGCUUGGUCAAAAAAAUACCCAGAGCCUAUGUCUUGGAGAAGUGAUGAGGAAGAUGAAGACAGUGAUUUUGGAGAAGAACAAAGAGAUCGAUAUAUUAAGGUCAGCUCAUCCCCAGAACACCAAGAGUUUUUGACCUUUCUGCAAAAAAUACUAGGUCCUGUCUUAGAAGCUUAUAGCUGUGCUGCUAUCUUCUUGCACAGUAUCAGUGGCCCAGUUAAAGAAUCUGAAUACACACACCAGCUAUUUAAGUUCCUAAUUACAAGGACAAAGAAGAAGGUUGCAGCUUUUGGAGAGAGUGCUACUCACUACCUUGUGAAAAAUACAGUGAAAACAUUUAAAGAUCUGGGGGUUUUCAAAGAUAAAAAAGAAAACAGAGUGACAGUUUUGGAGCUCAGCAGCACCUUUCUACCUCAAACUAACCGUAACAAGUUGCUCAAAUACAUUCUUGGCUUCUGUUUGCUUUAACAUCAUAAGUUACAUUCACCAACAAAUGUUUGCAGCUAAAGGGCUUUUGCUGGCUACUAAAUAUUAUAUCAUGGUGCUAUUACAUGGCAAAGCUUUACCUGGAAGUGCCUUCAUAAAGUACUAAGAUUAACUGAAUUUUUAUAUUUACAAUCUGAAAGUUAAUGAGGAGCAGCUAGUAUAGUUCUAAAUCAUGAUAAAUAUGGCACAGUCUGUGGCUCUUUAAGUUGCUUGCCAGUGAAAGCCCAGUAUUUGACCAUCCUAAAUACAUUUUGUUUCUGUCAGCCAGUUAGUGCUACUUGGAUGUUAAUGCUACAAGCUAAAAUUACAUUAAGUUGCCUUUUAGGAGAAUAAAAAAAUUGAAUGCAGUUGCCAUAUUGCAGAUGGUGCUGAAAAUGAGGGUGCUUCACUAUAGAGUUAUAGUGUUAUUCCAAGAAAAAAAUGAGCCAGUAGGAAUUAGUGUUUUAGUGAUACUAAUUAUAAGAACUGUUAAAUGGAAUUUUCAUAAAUUGUUUUUUUUUUUUUUUUUAUAAAAACAUUUAACAUGCAUAACCACAAUGAGAAUUAUUACUGCAAAUGUAAAGUUUCUUCAAAGAAUGCUGAAGAGUGGUGGUGUGGAAUGACUGAGUAUGCCAAGCAUGUUGGCCCAGUUAUACUAUUUCAUAUGUGAAACUGUUAAGGUGAUAUGUGGAGGGUGUUAUCAAAAACCUGGAAGAUCUGAUACAAAGCAAAAAUAAGGGUGUUUUAUUUCUGCCAUUGCUUUUGCUGAUAGAUAGUGGCUUUGUUGGUAAUUGCUCUAUCACCUUUAGUUCGUCCAUUUCCAUACCCACUUAAUUCUUCUCACUAUUGCUUGGUGAUUGGUGCCUAUCUCUGGGAGUAAAACAGGAAUCAACCCUGAACAAGAUGUUAGUUCAUCACAGGAGAGAGAAAAGGAGAAGUUGGGAGAAUGCACUGAUACAGCGUGUUGCCACACCCACUACACAACAAACCACCUCAGGUACCAAAAAAAAAUAUAUAUAAAUACACUUGGGAAGAAUGUUCCAACUCUCAUUUAAAUUGUGACCAGCAAAGAUUAUAAGAUCACUCAUUCACUGUGAACACAGGGCCUGAACUACAUGUUCAGGUAAUAGUCAUCAGUAACAGUAGCCAAUGAGUAUGCUUAUGAAACCUGGAGUACUGUGAUAACAUUUCUUACGUCUUACAUGAUGCUGAAUUCAGAUAUUAACUGUAGGAUCAUAAGAGAGUAAACCAAUAUCUGCCUGACCAGAAAGGAAUUACAGUCAUAUUCCUGCAUAGUUGCUCAUUUUCUAACCUGCUUUGUCCUUAACAGGGUCAUGGGGUUCUGCUGGAGCCUAUCCCAGCUAGCAUAAGGCGCAAAGCAGGGAACAAAUCCUGGACAAGGUGCCAGUCCAUCGCAGGGCAUACACACACACACACACAACACGCUCCCACACUCCAAGCACGCAUUAGGGUCAAUUUAGGAUUGCCAAUUUACCUAACAUGAAUACCUUUGGAUUGUAGAAUUAAUCCAGAGAGCCUGGAGGUACCCACAUAGACAUGGGGAGAACAUGCAAACUCCACACUGGGAUGACUCAGGACGCGAACCUUGGUCUCCUUACUACGAGGCAGCAGCACUAACGUGUGCCGUCAUGCUGCCCUUUUCCUGUUCACUAAAUGUUUUUUCUUUGUUACGAAUAUUAAGAAAUUAUUUUUCAGUUUACACAUAAAUAUUCUAUGAAUUGUUGCAAAGAGAUGUGAGCUGUAAAAGAUAAGUCUGAGAGAACUGUUUUGUAAUUUGCUAAUGCCAUAUUAUUUAGGUACACAUAUUUACAAGUUUAAUUCUGUUUCCUCAUGGUGAUGAAUACAUUUCAGUUUUUACUUAUGUUGUAGCCGAAAAACAGUUUCUAAUUUUCACUGUUUUAAAAGCAUUUUCUUCAACACCUAUAACAAUGAUUUUUAUAUUAGAAUAUAUAUAAACUGUUUUAAUCCCCACCUUUCCCAAGAUACAUAAUUGCAUUUCAGCAGUUGUUGGUAUUUUUACUAUGUGGUGAUGUUUAUAUUAAUGUAUCAGACCUCAACAGAAAUUCUAAUAACAUCUAGAGAGUCUGUAGGGAAUGUAACAUAUUCAUGCUUAUAAAGUGAAAAGAAAAGGUCAGUAGAGUUUGGAGCUUAUUGUUCCCAACGUAGCAACCCAGAAUUUAUUGCACAAGUGGUAAAAGCAACAUUGUGAAAGAGAAGGUAAAACUGAUAUACAGUAUGUUUAUCACUGAAAUGAUUCUCUGAAUCUGCUAUGUGAAUUUUCAGUUUUUGAAAAAAUAGAUUUCUAAACUGGUAGUUUACAAAAGCACUAGAUUGUUCCUAAGGGGUAUGUAAAAAAUGUUGAUUACUCAGACCAUCUUCAAGUAGAAUGAGCGAGAAUUCUUAAAAUUGUACAGUAGGAAUAAUCAUGUUGGUUUUACUUCAAACAGUAAGGCUUGGAUGUUUGUAAAGCUUCUCUAGUUUCCCACACUGAAGCCAGUUACGGUAUGACAUUAAAAUUUGGAAUUACUUUACACAGAGUUUAAGAUGAAUAACUUUUGUUUUGUUUUUUAUAUUCAGUUCAUUUUCAAAUUCAGGAGAUUUUGUUUGAUAGCAAUGCAUUGAUUAUCUCAAUAAGCAUUACUGUUGGUUUUUAUUUUUUGAACAUGUGUAAAGUUUAGAAUUAAAAUUUCAUAUUCACCAAUUCUGCGGUUACUAAAAUAGUGUUUUGCAAGUGGUGAUAUGUUAGGUUCAAUUGCUACCUGAUUUAAUGGGGUACUACUUAAUCCCAAACCUUAAAUUAUCAUCAAAGUAACUCAUUGUUUCAUGACUACUAGCAUUACUAGGAAUUAUGUUCAACAGAUAUGAAUUGUUUUUUUUGUUUUUUAAGAGAGCAUUUUUUUUUCUUUCUUUGUUCCUUUUUCCAUUUGUGAGUGGUAGGCAGACAGGUAUGUAACAUUGAUGUUUAGCAUAGGGCGCAGUGAUAGUGGAAGCUAAUACAAAUACUUGAAAGCAAACACUUGAAAAUAUUUGUCAAGUUAAGCUUCAGUUGUUGGGUGAAAGCAAGCAGAAUGUUCAAGUUGUUAGAGCUGUUAUAAAAUUGUUAAUGUAUUUAUACAUUUUCAUAGAAAAGUGCUUAAAAUCUAGCAGGCGAACAUUUACAAACUGUUUAGUAUAGUGAAAAUGCAAUAUGUUACCAUGUAAUCAUUCAUAUACUGAUUAGGUUGUAAUUUGUGAAUACUGAAGGAAUUGUUUAUCUUUCUAACAAAUUUCUAGAAUUGUAGCUGGCUAUAGAGUUAAGUUAAACCAUCAACAAUUGCAUGCAUGUUCAAAUAUCAAAAUAUUUUUGGAAGGCUUUUCUACUUUUUCAGCAACAAAAACAGCAAGGAAAGAAGGUCAUUAAUUUUUAAUUUGUUGUGAUGAAUAAUGGGGUGAAUUAGUAACCUUGAAACUCAUUGUCAGAAUAAGGUAAACUAUUCUUUAAUGUAAACAGUUUGAAAAUCGUAACUCAGCAACAGUUCUGGAGAGAGAGAUGAAAAAUCUUUCCUAAGUGAUAAAAUUAUAGAGAAGCCUUCUGUUAUUUCUGAAAAUAUUAUAGUGAAUUCUUAAAAAAAACAUAUAUACAGUAUAUGUAUUUUUUGACGUUAAAGACAAUCCAUAUAUCCAACCAAUCACUGGCUGCAUAGUCUUAUACAGAGUCAUGGGAGAUGGCAGCAUCAAGUAUAAGGCAAGAAUCAAUUCUCAAAAAGUUGACAGUCAUAAGCAAUGCUGAGGGAAAUUUAGCAUGAAUAAACCACUCCCCAGGUCACUGUGAUGCCACCUGUAUGCCUUGAAAAAGUAGACAUUCUAAAAGACUAAAGCAUUCUUGAGCCGUGUAAACCAAAAGCCAUAUGUAUAUAAAAUAUGUGUGAGGUACAAUCAAACAUAGCCUGAAAUUUUCAUUCUACGCAGUAAAGACAGAAACUAGAGUAUGUCAUUGCAGAUGGCUGUGGAAUAUUGGUGCACAUGCCAAGAAUUGUUAAUUAAGCAGCAGUUUAUUUUAUUUGUUAUGAUUGUGCUUUGUUUAUAUGCGUGCACACAACCACACAUAUGCAGGAUCAUUAAAUCAAAGUUUUUAGGGAUUUCACAGUGUUAUCAGAUUUAAGCCUUUAUCAUCUUACCUUAAAAGAUCUUCACAUGAGCAUUUAUUGGUAGCAGUAGCACUGCUAGACCUAGUGUCUACAAGUUGUAGGUUCUUGGAACAUCACUCAUCAGGUAUGGAAAAGAAAGCAGUUGGAUGGCGGGCCGUUUCUCUUUUUUAUAUGACUAUACAGUGCAUGUAUAUAUGUUAUAUUUUACAUAGAAUGUUUUGUUUGUUUGUGUGUGUGUGUGUACAUACUGUAGAUGCACACUCAAAACACACUGUAUGGGUCAUUGAAAAAUAUAUGGAAUGUAUGUAGUACAAUAAUAAUGGGUGAAAAAUUAAAAGUAUUUUUCACUAAAAAGUUGUUUUCAUUUUCUUUGAGCUUUUCUUGGAACUAUGUUUUGUUGACCGCCGUUAAAGGUUAAUGAUCAGCAUGCAUUGUACUUGCCCACUUAGACUGACAUUGCCAAGAUUGUUUCAUGCUUGAUAUCAAGAAAACAGUUUUCUGUAAAACCAGCCCCAGGUGAGCAUCUAUUAAUAGUCUAUUAUUUACUCAUAUGCAGUAAUUAAACAUUUGUUGUAUUUCUGAGUUUGUUCUUAUUUGGCAAUGGUACUGUGUUAAUGUGACUUCAAACAGAUUGCUAAAAUGUGUAGCGUGAUAGAGCCAUAUCUUGAAUGUUAAACAUUAUACAAUGUUUUGUGUCACCUGUUUGACAUUUUAAAGAGAGAACCAUUUUGUAAUUCCACCUUCAAAUUUUAAAUGAAAAUAAACUGUUUGUUCCAAAGUCUUUCAGAAAAGGUUCAAAAUCUGUUCAGUUUCAUUGUCAAUGUUGUUUGUUCUCACUUUAUUAAACCAGCCUACUUUCAAAGUGCAUUAUCUUGGUAAUUCUAUUUGUUUGAAUAUGCAUGUUUACAGUAUAAUAAAUUUGUCCUUCAGCUUUCAGUCAACAUUCUAAAUUUUUGUUUUAUAACUUUUAUAAUUAUACUGAAUCAACUAUCGCACUGUAGCUUAUAUAUGGAGGUGUUGUAAAUUGUGCUGUUUAUGCCCUGUUUUGUUUCUUCUUCUAACAUGAACAUAUCAUGUAAUUUUGUUUUGUAAUAAACUAAUGAACUACCAAAAAACAC